AUGGACAACGAUACAAUCAGCGGCAGAUGUCGCAAGAUUCGACAGCAGUUGAUAGACCUGCUGACCGUACUUGGAGAUGGAUCCGCCCAAGUGCCCGUGCCAACAACGGUCACCUCCGCUUCGGUCAAAGAUGUUCUAGGGAAAUUCAUGCUGUGGGCUGGACCUCAGGGAGCAUUGCGGAAGCCUGAAUCAGAGUCGUCUCUGGAUAGCAGACUGGCAAAUUCACCGGACUUGCAGGACUGCAUCGACUUCGAGUUGGCGGUUAUGUUUGAGGCGCUUGAAGACCAUCGUCUUGACAUUGACUAUGUACGGCGCAAGCACCCGAAACUAGGAGACGGAGUGCAGUCUUCGCGUAUGGGAAGGGCAAUUGCAAUGCGAAGACUAUUCAUUCGUUGUUGCCGAGAUCAUAAACACAACCUGGCGGCCAAAGACAAUGAUGGGGAAGAUACCUCUCAUCUCCAGAUUGGAAGCCGAAGGACCACAACCGCCAAGCAGUCCACCAAAGCGACAACAGUCGUUGUCAAGGGAGAUCUGAUGGACACCCUUGCGGGAUCUGUGGAUGUUCUUGGUGAAGGACAGGAAGACGAUGUCUCUCAUUGCAGCGAUUCUACCACGUCCGAAUCACUGGCGACCCUGAAACUACCUCGACUCGCAGACCUAUCGCCGAAAGACGACCCCUUCGAAUGUCCUAUUUGCUACACUCUUCAGCAAUUGAGCUCAGAACAGGCAUGGAGGCAUCAUGCGUAUCGCGACCUGAAAGCCUAUGUGUGCACAGUGGGUGGAACCGAGUGCGACAACGAGUUCUUCGAAGACCGGACAUCGUGGUUUAACCACGAACUUGAACAUCAUAGAUCCGAUUACGUAUGUUUACUCUGCGGAGCCGACGAAGAGCGAAAGAAGACUACCCAAAGCUUGCUCAGACAGCAUAUUCUCACUGCUCACGGAGCUUUCGAACCGGAUCAGCUUGAGCGGCUGGAAGAAGCUGGACGGAAAGCAAUGAUAAGUUUCAAGGCCAGCGAUUGUCCAUUCUGCGAUGAUUGGUCUGAGCUCAUCGCGAGGGAGACGACUCCCGAGAGGACUUACGAGGCUGGAGACGAUGUGGUUGUCAGCAUCACCUGGUUCAAGAAGCAUGUUGCCAUGCAUUUGGAGCAACUUGCAAUCUUUGCCCUUUCAUGCAAUGACCACGAGAGUGGCAUGGACAAAGAUGAAUUGCAGAGCUCAGGCUGGCGUGAUAAAAAGACAGAGAACAAGGAAGAAUUUGAGGCCCUGAGUUCCAUGGGGCUGGGGCCCGAGGAAUUCGCUUGGCUUUGGAAUAAGGGAAGUUAA